AUGUCCGACUUCAAGCCUGGUAUGAGCGUUCGGGAGAAGCUAAUGUUAGGAAUCCGCACUGGGUUGCAACUAAGGGACGAGUACCGAGCCAAGGUUGAAAAAGAUCCAGCCCGUUUGCAACAUGAAUUUCGAGACGAUAUCAUGGCUUUGGGUGGCAUUGAUAUGACCGACCGUGCUAUCGCCUUGCCAAAGUCGUUGAGACAGAAUGAAGUCGUCAGCGCUGCGGAAGCCGAAAAACGGCGUCUGGGCUUUACAUCUACGGGUAUUAUUUUACCAGACAAAGGCCCAGAUUAUGGCGAUGAGUGGUGGAACAUGUACAACGCUUACAUCAGAGCCAGAUCGAUGUUUGUUAAAGGGGCGUCUCGCAGGCUUACGGCGGUAGUACGAUCAUACAACAAGACCAUCCACAUCAUUCCUGGAGUUAUUGCCCGGCGGCGGGCCGAUCAGAUUAUGAACAUUGAGUGGCAACCCAACUACCACGGCAUGUCAAUGAACAUGAGCUUUAGCGCCUUCCAAGCCAGAUCGAUGGAGUUGAACGGGUAUCGGAGGCGUUCGAUACAGUACCUUCACUUCCAAAGGGAUAACAACAGUCAAAAGUCGUUUCCGGGGCCUCCACUGGGUGCUGAUACAGGAGACGACGACUCCACGAGUCUCACCACUGAGAUGUUCUUCGAAGGUGGUCGGAAACACAAUCUGUCGCUGGUAGAUUUGGAUAUCACCGAUAUCAACGGAGUGAGACGCAGAUGGCUAUGCAUCGAGAUAAGCAAGCCACUAGCCCAAGUCGAUGGCCCAGCUCCGACCGAACUGACGCCAAUGCCGCAAUCAUUCAUCAAGAUUGCUGUGCCUGGUGACAGCAUCCUAGUGGUGGUAGACCCCAGCAAGCCAGUGCCUAUCAUGGAAGAGCAACCGGAAAAGAUGGAACCUCCUCAGCUUGGUGACUUUGACAAACUUACCAUAGGGAAGGCCGACCCAGGUCUGGAUGAUGUGAAGAUGAGGCUAAAGAUUUCCGGAAACGGCAUGCCAAUCUUCGUUACCGGGUCCAAAAAGGGUCAUAUGCCGGAUGACUGCUCGCUGGACGACUUUCUAUGCGCACCGGAUGUAAUUGGUCUUCCCUGGAAAGAAACAGACAGACGUGUUAGCAAGAACACGCUGUUACUGAGAAAGGCUGAGUUUUGGGACCGCUUUAAUUUGGCGGCAGUCGCCGACAAAGUGCGAUGGAGUUCACUCCAGGACGCUAUGGCGAGAGAUGAGUGCAUCGUAGACAUUACUUUCAAGGGUGGGUGGCAAGAAGUUGCGCCGGUUGCCCAGGCGUCUCAGUCAAGAUGGACGCCUUCACAACAUGAGCCGUCGCAAUCUCAACAUAAUAUCAGGCCGCAAGGUCUAAACAAAAGGCUAUACAACAGACACCAAGGCAACGCGGCUCCUUCUAAAAGUUCUGGUCUCCGCAACGAAGUCCAUUGGCAGGACUAA